AUGCUGCCGUUGUCUCUAAACGCCCAGCUGUCCAAGCUGGACGUCGAGUUUGACGACGACUUUUUCGAUGAAAUCGACUCGGGCUUGGCCAUGGCGUCCCAGAUGAGCAAACCCAUCGCUCCACCAACUCGAGCAGAUACCAGGAGUAUCCCCACAGCCAAGAGAGAUGUCCGCAAGGACUCCGCAAGAACGGACGCGUCGGAAACACGAAUCCAGGCAGACAUUACGAUGAUGGCCCCGGACCUGAACCCCAAAGAUGCCGAGAUCAUGUACAAACAGCUGGACAUAGAAAACAAGGAGCUGAAGCGAGAACAGACCAAGCAGCAGGAUCUAAUGCGUCUGGCCGAGAACAAACUGGCCACAGCAACAGCACGACACAACCACGAGCUUGCAAUGGCUAAAAAACAGCACAUAUCGGUCACUGCAGAGCUGGAAGAGAAGGUCAAGGCUCUACAGCUGGAGGUGGAGAGACAGAACUCCAAUUUUGCAUUUCUACAACAGGAGCUCGAGAUCACCAACAAGGAGUCUAGGAGCAGUGUCCACAAGCCCGGUACUCAGAGGUCACGCAGUUCCAGGGACCACAGCGUGACCAAUGUGACUCGAGAAUCGGACAACCCCCGAAAGCGGAAAAUCUCGGGGGCUGACGAAUGGGGCGCCAUGUUGCCCAAGAGAGCAGCCAAAGUGGCGACGAUUGACCUGAACGAGGAAGAAGAGGCUGAUUUCCCCGAUCUUGACGGACCACGGUUCAGCAAGUCAGCCAGACCGACAAUGGCUGACAAGAGAAACACUCAUAGACAGGGGAAUGGCAAUGGUCACAAACGAGCGCCAAGCAAUAUGGAAAACGAGACUAUUGAUCUGAUUGACGACAUUGAUACGGAUUUCAACGACAUUGAUGUCGUCUUGACUACUGAGGCACGACCCAAGAUGACUUCAAAGGCUGUCGUUUUCAAGGGCACAAACGAGGCAUCCUGGAAACACGUUCAGAGUACCCGAUACGCAGAUAUUGUUGCUGAGUACUUUUAUACCAAACAAAAGAUUCCCCAGGGCGAGAUCGUGGCCGAAACACCGGCUUUGCCGUUCUAUCUUCAAGACGAUAAGGCUUUGGAUGGGGUUAUCAAGACAAUGAAGGACGCUCUACUAGACAAUAUCAACAAUUUGAAUCAUUUUGACAUGGCCCAACCCUUCCAUUACCUUCGAGAAGCCAAUCUGAACGUGGAGGUACUAAACAACAUCUAUACCUCGAUUGUGGCACCAGGAACACAUCUGAUUCCAGCUGCAGAUAUAACUGUUCUCUGUGAAUGGGUCAUCAAGUGUCGCCUGUUGGAGGAUACACGGCCUCUCUGGCAGGUUGAUCAGAACAUUACUCCUGAAGUGUCUGAAGAGAAGGGCCGUAAGAAGUCCUCCAGGGCAAGAAGAGCUGCUGCACGAAGAAGAGGAAUCAAGCCUGACUGGAUGAAUUUUGACAGCACUCUUGCGGAGCAGUCAUUCCGUACUUCAAGCAAUUUCCAGGCCGAUAUCUGCUACAAUAUGUACGCGACAGCAUGCCACGUGGUUCGGUUUCUGAGAAACUACGUCGAGUUACAGUACAAUCAAUGGACUCGAGGUAGUCCCAGAGAAAAGGAUGUUACCAGUUUGAUUAAGAUGUGUGUCUUUCUCAAUAAUCUGUCGAUAGCCACUCUCAGAUGCGACUCCAUGGACAUCUUAUGUACCAUUGUGGCCGAGUUUAAUCCCGACCCUGAAGUCACAGAGUCUCUAGAGACCAAACAAAAGAUUACCCCCUUUAGCGCCAAAUUGACGGCCCCAAAAGAUCGAUUUUACUGUGUUGGGUUCGAUCUCAACGUCAAGGGAUACAGUGACGGGAUGAGAUCGCCCUCAGAACCUCUUAUUCCUUGGUCCAAGAUUCUCAACGAUCUAGAUGGAGAGCUGGUGGCGCCUCUUCGCAAGUUCCAGAUCCUGGCAUGCAGAAAAGUGAUGCGACUUUUCUAUUUAUUAUGGAAGACCGAUUUUGCGCUAUCUCACAUAUCCGAUCCUGCCUACGCUGAAAUGUGGAUGUUUUCCGAAGUCGUGGAGACUCUGACUAGAAGUCUGGACAACUACAGCGAUCCCCAGCUUAGUAAAGAUUGCAUUCGGGUCUUAUCGCUAUUGAAGGAUGACGGGAUUCCAAAAUUAACCCGAAGGCUCUUUCUGUCUUGUCUCAGUCGCCUACAGGAUAUAGGUAUUCCUGAACUCCAUACGGUGGCUGCCAUGGCUUGA